UGCAUUUUCUCCUCAACACAUAAAUCGCCGUUGCGCGAAAAAAAUCCCCGAGGUAGAACUGAAUAUUGACGAGCCAAAAUGCAGAUCUUCGUGAAAACCUUGACCGGAAAAACCAUAACGCUCGAGGUUGAAUCGAGCGAUACAAUCGACAAUGUCAAGGCCAAGAUCCAGGACAAGGAAGGAAUCCCUCCGGAUCAGCAGCGUCUGAUUUUCGCCGGAAAGCAGCUUGAAGAUGGGCGAACUCUUGCUGAUUAUAACAUUCAGAAAGAAUCUACCCUGCAUUUGGUUCUGAGGCUUAGGGGUGGAAUUAUCGAGCCGUCUCUUAUGGCUUUGGCCAGGAAGUAUAACCAGGACAAGAUGAUUUGCCGCAAAUGUUAUGCUCGCCUGCACCCUCGUGCUGUCAACUGCAGGAAGAAGAAGUGUGGACACAGCAACCAGUUGAGGCCAAAGAAGAAGAUCAAGUAGAUUACUAGGUGGUUCAGUCUUGUUUUUGGUUUGUUCAUGAGACUUGAUCUACAUAAUUCAAGAUUUUGCUAAUGUUCUGAAUUUUGAUGAUGUAGCUUUUAUUAAUCUACAAUGAGAAAGACUUCAUUUAUCA